AUGCAACACGAUUCACCGAUAAAAGCUAUUCAAGAUUUAGCUCGACGAAAUCAAAUACUUGCUGAAUAUCGAUUUGAAAAAGAAUCUGGUUCAGCACAUUCGAAAAUGUAUACUAUUCGACUUCAUUUAGGUGACAAAGAUUACGUGGCUACAGAGCGAACGUUCAAAUUAGCACAACGUUCAGCAGCUCAAUUAGCUCUUGACGAUCACCGAAACUUACGAUUAACAAACACUUACGAGCAUGAACUUUCACCAGUCAGUUGUCAACAAUCACCUACUGUAGCCUUGCAUGCAUGGGCUAGUCGAAAUCAUCUUCCCGUUCAUUAUGUUCUACUCAAAGAACAAUUCCUUUCCACAUCAACCAAUCGUUCACAUAUUCUUUUCCACUAUCGGCUCUAUUUGGGACAUGAUUUCUAUUUCGAUGGACACGGUACGACACACCAACAAGCUCGUAACAAUUGUGCCUGGAAUGCUUUUUACUUCUUACGUCAAACUCCACAAUCACCUCCAUCGACACCUCAAUCCAAUUAUCCCUUGUCUCCAACUUCGAAAGUAUCUCUUAUGUAUGAACGUGCAAAACAACUUGGCCUUUCUGUUCGCGUGGAAAUCAUCGAUCCAUUUACAGUUACAUAUCAUCUUGGAGACAAAUACUCAGCGGUGGGAAAAGGUUCGAAUAUGUACACCGCGAAACAAGCCGCAGCAGAGAAAAUGCUAAAAACAGUACCAUUAACGAGCACUCAGCAUUCGAUUAAUCCGAUUACACGUAUUUAUCAAUUAGCUCAAGUUCGACAAGUGAAAGUGGAAUUUAUUCAGUUAUCAAGCCGAGAAAACUUCGUAUUUCAAUUGAAAUUUGGAGAAAAUGAAAUUGCUGAAGGUCACGGUAAAACGAAACAAUUGGCGAAACGAUCGGCAGCGGAGAUUCUGUUGGAAAAACUCGAUCCAGUUGUUAGUUUACCACCUCCACCGGCGAAGGGUCUACUCAAACGCGAUAGCAAUCAAGAGAAUCUGCCAAAGCAAGAAAAACAUGUACAUUUCGUUGAAGAAGUUAUUCAGAAAGACGAACAAACCUCACCUCGACAUUCCCUAUCAACAAAUUCAUUUUCAAAUAAACAACAACUGAUGGAAACAUGCCAAAAAUUACAAAUUCACAUAGAGUAUCUCGACGAAAUGAAUCAAAACGAAAGUUCGAGUAGUUCACGUUUUCAAUCAACUGUGAGCUUGUCGACGCCCAAUCGUAUUCUUGCUCGAUUUGUUGGUCAUGGUCCAUCAUUAUUACGUGCACAAGAAAAUGCAUCAUCAGCAGCUUGGAAUAAUUUCAAACAAUUAUUCAAUGAAUAUCGACAUGGGGCGUCGAAGUCGAAGAAAACAAAUUAA